AUGAAGUUUUCCAUUGCAACAAGUGCCGUCUUAGCUAUGGCAUCAACGGGUGGUGUCAGUGCAAUGACAAUUCCAUUCAUCGGACAAACAGUGUUGAAUUACUUUGACAUGAACAACUACAUACCUCAAUUUAACAUUAUCAAUGGUGAUGAACAAAGUAACUUGUUUCUGGAAGUUUCCAACUACUUUAAUGAGCCAUUAAGUAUAUUGACAAAAGAGACCAAAAAGUUGUGGCAGGAGAUUGUCCUCAACUCUGAAUUAUUCCAGAAAUUCAAAUCCGAGCCUCCAUCAAACAAGUUUGCCAAGAAACAAAAAUUUGAAUAUUACGUAAAGGAUGCAAAAUACCCUAAUCAUGGAAUACGUGCAAAGUCUCCCAAGGGCUUGGGAAUUGACUCGGUUCAACAAUACUCCGGUUACUUUGACAUUGAGGACGAAGACAAACAUCUUUUCUUUUGGUUGUUUGAAAGUAGAAAUGACCCAAAGACAGACCCAUUUGUAUUGUGGAUCAAUGGUGGCCCUGGGUGUGCAUCAUCAUUAGGAUUGUUUUUUGAAUUAGGACCAGCUUCAAUUUCAAAAGACGUUAAACCUGUACACAACCCUUAUUCGUGGAACAACAAUGCCACUGUUAUAUUUAUUGACUCUCCUGUCAAUGUUGGUUACUCCUACUCGUCCAAUUCAGUCACUACCGCUGAUGCUUCUGCUAAGGAUAUUUACGCAUUCUUGGAGUUAUUUUUCAAACAGUUUCCACAAUAUAGUAAAUUGGACUUCCACAUAUCGGGUGAAUCGUAUGCUGGACAUUACCUUCCAGCCAUUGCUGGCGAGAUUUUGAGUCACCCUGAAAGGCCCUUCAAUUUGUCAUCGGUUUUGAUAGGUAAUGGAUUUGCUGAUGUCAAGACUCAAUACGAGUACUUUCAGCCAAUGGCCUGUGGUCAAGGCGGCGAACCAAGUGUUUUGGAACCAAGCGAAUGCGAAGCCAUGGCGGCUGGUAUUCCAUUAUGCGCCAACUUGAUUGACAGAUGUUACAAAUCACAAUCUGUUUGGGAUUGUCUUCCUGCCACUAUUUAUUGCAAUCAAGCUGAAUUGACCCCAUAUGAGAAGACAGGUAGAAACCUUUAUGAUAUCAGGAAGGAAUGCAAGGGACAGAAUUUGUGCUACGAAGGAAUGGACUACGUUGAUGAGUACUUGAGUAAACCCGAGGUAUUAAAAGCAGUUGGAGCUGAAGUAUCUGGUCAUGAAGCGUGUAACGAUGAAGUCACACAAAGGUUUAUCCUCAACGGCGACUUGAUGAAGCCUUUUUACAGACACAUUGUUGAUGUUUUGGACAGCGGUAUACCGGUUUUGCUCUACAAUGGAGAUAAAGAUUUCAUUUGUAACUGGUUGGGUGUUGACGCAUGGAGCAAUAAGCUAGAAUGGACUGGUUCAACUGGGUUCAAAAAAUCACCUCUCAGAAAGUGGCAAGUGGGUGGCAAACAUGCUGGUAAUGUCAAGAGUUAUGACAACUUUACUGUCUUGAGAGUGUUUGAUGCUGGGCACAUGGUUCCUUAUGAUCAACCGGCUCAUGCCUUGGAUAUGUUCACCCAAUGGGUUGGAGGUCAAUACACGUUUUGA